AUGCCAGGCACGGCCGAUCAGACCCGCAGUCUGGUCAAACCGGCUGGGCAGAGUCGGACUCGGACUGUGACUAUGAACGCCUGCCUACCCUGUCGCAGGAUCAAAAUGAAGUGUCGUAUGCGAAAGGGGGAAGCAACAUGCGAACGGUGCGAUCGUAAGGGGCUCGACUGUAUUUUCCAAGAACACCGGCGCGGGAGAAAGCCAGGGACGAAAAUCUCAAAGGGAACAAGAGUAGCAGGCAAUGACAAUGCCAGGCCUGCACAGGAGGCGGCUGCAGCUCCGGACAAUGAAGCAGGAGAUGAUAAUAUGCGCUCUCACACAACCCCAAGGACUGACCUUGAUGGCGAUCGACCGGUGUCCGCGGAGCCUGCGAGUCUACAGCCGUCGGAAUUGCUGAAUCGUGAGGCGAUGAGAGGGAAAUUCUCUCUGCUGAGCGUCCUCGGCACCGACCACGAAGGCAUUGGGGCGGCGGCCGAGGACGCAUCCGUCGUGCCUCCGCAGGAUGCCAUUCGCAUCGGGCUGGUCAGUCAGUCGAUUGCAGAGUUCCUUUUUGCAAGUUUCAUUAAUAUCCUCAAUCCAUACAUCAGUCAAUUGGACCCGCUCCUUCAUACCUUCUCUUAUGUUCGCCAACGGUCGUCCUUCUUGCUUUGCUCCAUCCUCGCAGUGUCGGCAAAGAUGUUCAACCCAGCUUUGUACGAACCACUGCAUAAGCAUGCUGAAGACUUGUUUGUCGACGGUUUCCGGCAGGGCACCAAGUCGGUAGAGACGGCCCAGGCCAUCCUGAUCCUAACGUAUUGGAAAGAGCCCGAGGACACACGGUCUUGGGUCACCCUGGGCUAUGUCAUCCGAAUGUGCAUGGAUCUGGGCUGGCACAAACUCGCGCCUCGUUCCAUACGGGAGCGGGACAGUUUGACCACCACACAGUUGAGGGAGGUGCGCAAUAUUGAGAGAACAUGGUUUGUGCUCUUCGUCUAUGAUCGCAGCAUGAGCUUGCAGACCGGGAAGCCAUGGAUGAUCGAACGUAACCGGUUUAUUGAGACGAUCGAACCAUGGUGCAAGGAUCCCACAGCUACUCACAAUGAUGUUCUGCUGGGUGCGUUUGUGACACUUCGGUUGCUGACCUCUGAGGUCUUCCGGUUGCUGGGAUCGCGCCGUCAAAUCGACACAUAUGACAAUAUAUCCUCCUUUCUAACAAUCAUCAACAGUAGAAUCGAUGAGUGGGAGUCAAAAUGGCUGCAGCUAUGCGGAAACGAAUCUGAAAGUUGCCAUCCGUUCCUUAUUCGCUUCUACGGCACUCAUCUUCGUCUACAGCUCUAUUCUCUGCCUCUGCAGGAGGUUCUGGGAUCGGCAAGCCAUGACGUUGCCUACAACCUAGAGACGCUCUGGGAGAGCUAUUCCGGUGCAAUCAACAUGCUGAAGCUAGUGUCUCUCUUUUCAUCACGUCUAUACUUUGCUCAAGACUCGGUGCAUAUCAUGACAGCAUACUCAGCAGCGUUCCUCAUAAAGCUCCUAUUAUCGGCGCCUGCAUCUAUUGUCCGUGAGAUUGAAGCCGGAACGAUCGAGACAAUCCGGACUGCAGCCACAGCCUUUUCGCAACAGUCUGCGCCUCCCGGCUCCAGCUGUUUCUUGCAGGCCCGGUUCCUCGACAAGGUUGUUUCCAAUUACGAUGACAUUCGAGAGCAGAACUCCCCGCGAGGCGUAUCUGCGACCACGCGCACCGACAUCUGCUACCAUUCUAAUCUAGCAACUCCGGGAACAGGGACCAGAGAAACAAUGACUGCCCCAUCCGCUCUGGCGGAAGGCAGUUGUGACAGUAUAUAUACCCAGCAACAAGCAUAUGAGGAAAAUAGUCUUCCCCGGACUUUCAUCACUACGGCGCAAAGCUCGAGUGCUGUAGCACGUUCGACAGCAAGGAUAGACUGCAUUCUGACUGACAAUGAUACAUGGGCAGAUGUCUUUGCUAAUGCUGGUUUCAACAUUCAAGACGGGUUUUUCUUCUCGUAA